AUGUUACUUACUACUGUUGGACAUGCCCAUGUUCCACUUUCCAUGGAGGAUUUCUUGGACCCCUCGAAGGCUUCACCGGCUGAAAAGGAGCGAGUUGGUAAGCUACUCGAGCGUAUUGAUAUGCUCGCUUCGGAUUGCAAUCUCAGUGCCACCAGACUGGCUGUUGAGAUGCGCGAGUCACACAUGGAAAGAGAGAACUUCAGAGUAGGAAUACUGUUCGCAUCAAAGUCAAUUGUCCAACUAAUAGUCAACCCCUUUAUUGGACCCCUUACGAACAGAAUCGGCUAUUCCAUCCCAAUGUUUUCGGGAUUUCUAAUCAUGUUCAUAUCUACGGUUGUUUUUGCAUUUGGAGAAAAGUACAGUGUUCUCCUGGUAGCUCGAGCCAUUCAAGGAGCUGGGUCGGCUUGUUCCAGUGUUUCAGGAAUGGGAACAAUUGCGACUUUCUACACAGACUCGAAGGAGAGAACAAGAGCGUUUGGAAUUGCACUCAGUGGUCUUGCUCUGGGUGUUCUAGUUGGGCCAACGUUUGGUGGCAUCGUUUACCAAUUCGUCGAUAAAAGAGCACCAUUCUUAAUUCUUGCAGUGCUUGCUUUGCUUAAUGGGGUACUUCAGAUUGUGGUAUUAAAACCAUCAAUUCGGCCAGAAGAUGAACGUGGUGCACCGAUUCUCAAGUUAUUAAAAGAUCCAUAUAUUCUAGUGGCUGCAGGAGCAUUGACUUUCGGAAAUAUUGGAAUAGCCAUUCUCGAACCAUCUCUGCCAAUGUGGAUGAAAGAACACAUGAAUGCGGACAGUUGGGCACAGGGAAUCGCCUUUCUUCCAGCAAGUGUCUCUUAUCUUCUUGGAACCAAUCUCUUUGGCACACUUGCCCAUAAGAUUGGGCAUUGGUUGAGUGCAUUUUUGGGAAUGAUACUAUGCAGCAUUUGCCUUGUUGCUAUUCCCUUCAGUACACAACUGGGCCAUCUUAUAGUGCCGAACUUUGGGCUUGGAUUAGCGAUGGGUGAGAACAUUCAUUUAUUCAUUCCGAAUGCUCGAAAAUCCAAAGAAUGGAUGUUCUCUAAUUCAGGAAUGGUCGACGCUUCAAUGAUACCACAAAUGGGUAUCCUUGUGGAUCUUCGUCAUGUGGCGAUUUAUGGUAGUGUGUACGCAAUCGCCGAUGUUGCUUUUUGUCUCGGUUUCGCUAUUGGGCCAGCGGUUGGGGGCUUUGUAUCCCAGUCGGCAGGAUUUAGUUGGACAAUCUGGGGUAUUGCAAUUGUCGCGGCUCUAUACAGUCCACUCUUGCUCCUCCUACGUAAACCACCUAGUCGUGGAGAACUUCAGCCCCUGAAUGAAGGUAAAUCAAAGAUGUCGAACACAGGGGCCUUGGACAGCCAGGCUUUAGGAAGCACACUCGGUUACGAUCCAACUGAAGGUGGACAGAAAUUUUACAACUACGGUGAUGACUGA